GGGGGUGCCACUGCUGCAUCAAAUUGAGGUGUCCCACCGCACAAAGCGAGAGCAGUGCCGAUGGAAGAUGUCCGGCCCGGAAGCUCUGCGUCCAGUUCCAGCCGAGCUCCUCGCGCCAAAGGCUUGCGUCGUUUGGCGCUUCUGACGCUCACGGGUCUCGCAAUACCUCGGCAGACUUUCCUUGCGCCUCGUAACGUUGCGAGACUUGCAACACCUGACCCAUCUGUGCAACUUGCGUACAAGGAAGGGAGAGGCGACGAUUUUGUUGAGGAGGAUGAAGAUGACUUGGAAGAAAUUGAUAUGGAUACAAUGUCCUCGUUUGCUUCUGACAAGGAUGAUGCACCUUCACGCUUUAAGCCAGACAUGGAUCAGAAGUUUAAGCGAACUGGCUUUUUCGAUCGGAAAGAUCUUUCUCGGCUGGAUGUGUCAGAGUUCGACAAGAAUGGUGCUUUGCGAAAGCUGUCGAUCGAGCAGCUGGAAGCACGUUUGGAGAAGAGAUAUCAAGCCUCUACACGUGCUAAAGUUCUACCAAAGCGUUCGGAGGAGGCGGUGCCAAAGGUCCCGACAGAGAGCCGUCAAAGUGAUGUUGAUGAUUUCGAUCUCUAUUGGAAGCCACCAAUGCGAAAAUUGCGACCUGCACAGCCACGACCAAUGCCAGCUCAGUCUGGCAUGCAGAAGUGGGAACCAGUGGAACUGUCUCCACCAAUGAAACCAGAAGAGGAGGCUAAAAGCGCUAAAGGGAGACCGGGAAGCUUGCAAUCUUGGCUUUUGACCGACCAGGCCAGACCCAGAAACCAAGCAGCAAAGGAAGAGAAGCAGAAUUCCAAAGUGUCAAACUCCAAAGACCGAGUUGGCAAUUCAAAGUUUCGAAAGAUGUACAAGGCUGUGAUGCGAAACUACUCCGCUUUGCCUUGGGAUCGUGUUGAAGGGCAAACAAGCUGGUUGGAUCCAGCAAACAAGACCUGGCAGGAGUUGGGCAUGUGCUCAGAAGAAAGCCGGGAAAUGUUGGAGCUCAUGGCAGAGUUGGGAGUGCACACUCCCAACAGAUUGCAGGGACUAGCAUUGCCCGAAAUAAUUUCAGGAAAGGACGUGAUGCUGACUUCAACCACCGGAUCUGGCAAAACACUGGCCUUCUUGCUGCCACUGCUGGAGCGGUUCAUCCUUCCACUGGCGAAGACUGGUCUCUCAAGUCAGAAGUCUUCGCUUCCGCACCAUUUGGCGCCCAAGAUCUUGUCCAAGCCCAGAAUUUUGGUGGUGGCACCCGGCCGCGAAUUGUCUCAACAAACAACGCGUGUUAUCCUCGAUUUGCUGAACCCUUUUAGUCCUAUGUUGAACGUCACCAAUCUGGUGGGGAAAGAUAACCACAAGCGCCAGGAUGAAGCCCUGAGAGACAGGCAGCCAGUCAUUGUUGUGGGCACUCCUGGAAAGCUGAUGGACCAUGCGAUGGAAGGCCGACUCAUAUUGAACGAGCUGAAUGCUGUGGUCAUUGAUGAAGUUGACGCGCUCUUGAGCAUGUCACGCAAGGACCAUGUUCAGCUCCUUCUUCAGCACCUGGGAAUCAACGACCAAGCUCAGCGCAUCCUUGUCUCUGCCAGUGGGUCAAUGGAAGGUGAUGCUUUGGGCUUCGCAGAGGCAAUCUUAAGAGAUGGUUGGAAGCUUGUGGGUCCGCGACAUCGCAUGGAGUUGCCGAAGCGCGUGCUUCACCUGGUCAACGGGGCUCCGGAUGUGACAAAAAAGUUGGCCUUCAUCCAGCGCUUGUCUACAUCAGAUCCAGAAGUCAACAGCAUGAUUGUGUUUUGCAACAACCAUGAGCGUGUCAGAAAGGUGGCAGAGCAAUUGAAUGAGCGCAACAUCCUGACAGACUUCCUGACAGGAAAUAGAUCCAAGGAAGCUCGUGACAAAGCCAUCAGCAACUUUGCAACAAAUGAGGUUCAAGCUCUUGUGGCUACCGAUGCUGCUAUGCGAGGUUUGGACUUCAGGCAAAUGCCAAGCGAAUUUGUUCACCGAAGCAAUGAAAAUUACUUUGCCGCAAGGGAUGUGACUCACGUGGUGAACUUUGAAUUGCCUGGUGAUGCCGCCACAUAUGCACAUCGUGCUGGCCGCUGUGGUCGAAUGGGCUACAAUGGCAUUGUGAUAAGCCUGGCAUCUGGUGGUUACAUGAACAAGAGGCUUCGCAGCUACUCUCGUGCUCUCGACUUUGAGCUGAUCGAGGCUAACGUGAAUGACGGAGAGCUUGGGGCAGACCUGGGCAUGAUGUACGGUCCCGAGAAACGAAAGCGAUGAUGAUUAGAUGAAAAAGAAACCAUUGAGUCAAGACGUGUUCGGGCCUGAAGGAGGAAAAGGAAA